GUUCGCGCACUUCGACUCGUAUCCGGCAGCGGUCCCGCCGACUCCCGACUCCCGACUCUGACAGAUUGUUACAAAGGAUCAGUAGUCGAGGGAUCUUUGUUCGUACAGUUUAACGUAUCAUGAAACUGCUGCUGUUUUUGAGCCUGGUGGUCGCAGCUUCCUGCGCGAAUAACGGACCGAAAGUCACCGAUAAGGUAUGGUUUGACAUAAAAAUCGGCGGUGCCGAUGUAGGCAGAGUUGAAAUCGGUCUCUUUGGUAAAACCGUUCCAAAGACCGUCAAAAAUUUCGUGGAACUCGCCAAGAAACCGCAGGGUGAGGGAUACAAAGGCAGCUUAUUCCACAGAGUAAUAAAAGAUUUUAUGAUCCAAGGAGGAGAUUUCACAAAGGGAGAUGGAACUGGAGGUCGCAGUAUCUAUGGAGAUCGCUUCGCAGAUGAGAACUUCAAACUAAAGCACUAUGGUGCUGGAUGGUUAUCCAUGGCCAAUGCUGGCAAGGAUACCAAUGGAUCUCAAUUCUUCAUCACAGUUAAGCAAACACCAUGGCUUGAUGGGAGACAUGUUGUUUUUGGCAAAGUUAUUAAGGGAAUGGAUAUAGUGCGUAAAAUUGAGCAAACAGAGACAGAUUUGAAAGAUAAACCAAAGAAGGAUGUUAUCAUCGCUGACAGCGGUGCAGAGACUAUAGCAGAGCCAUUUAGUGUAUCUAGAGAUGAUGCUACUGAUUAAAUUCCAGUGUUUACUAAUAGGUCUCACUAUUUAUCGUCAAUCUUAUUUCAAAACGAUCUCUUUGAAUUGUGGCUCUGACAUCUUCAAUAAUCAAUUUAAAAAAAAAAAAUGAACAGUGGCAUUAUACGAUCUCAAUUUUUUGCUCUGAUAUUCAACUGUUCAAUAGCAAUCAAUUGAUUUAUCAAUAGAAGAUGCCAUAUCAUCAGUAAUCAUAAAAAAGAAUGCAGCAUUUUGUAGGAUUAAAGCAGUGAUUGAUACAUGUAAGUUGUCAUAGGAAUGAUUUUUCCCAUUCCAAUUGUUACAGCUAUGUAUUCUUACAUUGCACAACAAAUUUUAUACGUAUGUAAGAUUUUCUACAUUCACGAAUAAAUAUAAGUUAUAUAAAGUA